CUUGUGAACACAGCAGAUAUAUCCCAACAUACCUGAAACGAAAGCGAAACUGCCUUCUACGCUUUGCUUUAUCACGGUGGCCUAACAGUGUCUUCUGCUCACAGGUUCUUGCGUAGGUAGAAAUGUCUAGCGAGGAUUUUAGCUUUGUGGAUGGUGAUUCUUCGGGAGGCCUGGACCAAGUACUGAGGGAUAUCAACAAAUACAAGACACAGUAUGAAGCAGUGUUGUCAGAACAAAAAAUACUGAGAGAUGGCAUAGCUAACAACAAAGACUUUGCUAAACAAUUUAAAAAACGUGCUGAAGACAGAAGAGCAUCAAUUGAGGAUGAAAACAAGAAACGUAUGAAGAUCAUUCAGAAAGAGAAGGAUAAAUGCAGAGCUGUGGAGGACGAGAAUACCAAGCUGCAGAUGGAGAUCCUGAAUAUAAAGGAGGAGAUGCAAAGCCUGGACCGUAAAAACAGCAAUCUGAAACAACAAACCGAGAUCUCUACAGCGGUGCCUGAGAGGAAGGUUGUGUUUCGGGGAGAAACAAAAGAGGGAGUGCAUGUUGUGAGUUUUGAUGUGAAUCCCCGUAUAGUUUAUCCGAUGGAGGGGGGAACAGCACUGAUCACCUUUGAGGAAGAGGAUGUGGCUCAGAAAAUCUUGAACCUAAAGGAUCAUUCGGUGGAACUUGGGGACUGUACCAUCAGUGUGCAGGCUAAACCCAUUCAGUUCCUGGUACCCAGCUAUGUUGAGAUGGAAACCCAGGUGUGCCCACGCAGAAUCCUAGUCUCCAACCUGCCAAAAGAAGAACCUGAGGAGAGAGUACUAGACAAACUGGACAUCCAUUUCUCUAGAACAAAGAAUGGAGGCGGCGAGGUGGAGGACACAGACAUGCUGCAUGACUCUGGCACUGUGGUCAUUACCUUUGUAGAAGAUAAUAUUGCCAAACAGCUCUGCGACAAACAAGACCAUGAGGUAGAGUUUGGUAGGAAGAGAUACAAGGUGAAGGUCACUCCAUUCCUCAAUGGCGAGAUUUCACAGAUGAAGAUCUGUAACUCAGCAUGCACGCGCACAGUACUGCUGACAGGUAUCCCUAAUAUCAUGGACAAAGACAACCUGCAGGACAACCUGGAGAUCCACUUCCAGAAGACAGCAAAUGGUGGCGGAGAGGUGGAAGGCAUCGUUUACAACCCUGUAGGCCACACCACCAUGGCUUUGUUUGAUGAGGACUCCGCAAAAGACAGCGAGGACAUGUGAGAAAGCUCAGAAACCUCUACAGCCCGGAGAUCCAAUGCUGCCUCUAGACAACAAAAUAGAUAAUUAAUUCAUAAUAGACAUUAUAGAACUAUUGAUUUGGGUCUAUUUUGCAAAGAAAAAAAAAAAAUAUAUAUAUAUAUAUAUAUAUAUAUGUAGUAUGGAUCCCUUUACCUCUUAAUCUUUACUUCUCUUUAUGCAUUAUAGAAUAUACGUUAUAUAUGACCCUGGACCACAAAACCAGUCUUAAGUCGCUGGGGUAUAUUUGUAGCAAUAGCCAAAAAUACAUUGUAUGGGUCAAAAUUAUUAAUAUUUCUUUUAUGGCAAAAAUCACUAGGAAAUUAAGUAAAGAUCAUGUUCCAUAAAGAUAUUUUGUAAAAUUCCUACUGUAAAUAUAUGAAAACUUAAUUUUUGAUUAGUAAUAUGCAUUGUUAGGAACUUUCUUUGGACAACUUUAAAGGCGAUUUUCUCCAUGUUUUUAUUUUUUUUGCACCCUGCAAAUUUUUUUGCAAAUUUUUGCAGAUUCCAGGUUUUAAUAUAGUUGUAUCUUGACCAAAUAUUGUCCUAUACGAACAAACCAUACAUCAGUGGAAAACUUAUAAUUUAUUCAGCUUUCAGAUUUUGAAAAAUUGACCCUUAUGACUGGUUUUGUGAUCCAGGGUCACAUAUAGUAAUAUACUGAAGUAAUGGAUACAAAAAAAGUUUUUUUUUUUUUGUGGUCUUUUCAUGAUGAAAGAUGUGUCAAAUUGGGUUAUGGUUUACUGGUUCAUCUGAAUCACUGGAAACAUUUCUCAAAAUGAUAAUUGAAAACAGCAAAACCUUAAAAGUCUUAAAUAAAUGUAUCAAACUGUCA